CCCUCCACUGUUGUGCGGUCCCCGCUCUCCGCUCACCCUCUCUCAGUGCGGCCCCACGCUGGCCCGCCCCUCCGCAGACGUCCGGUCCCCUCUCUUCCUCCCCAGGCCACGCCCUUCGCGUAAUUUCUUACUAACCCGGAAGCGGAUUUCCGGAAGAGCAGGUAUCGCUCGCUUUGCCUCCUGUUGCUUGGACUAUAUGAGUGAAAACCCAGAAGACAGAAUGGAAUCACAAGAAUCAGUGACCUUUGAGGAUGUAGCUGUAGACUUUACCCAGGAAGAGUGGACCCUACUGGACUGGUCCCAGAGAAAACUCUUCAGAGAUGUGAUGCUGGAGAACAUAAGUCAUCUAGUCUCAGUUGGCAAACAACUCUACAAAUUAGAUACAAUUUUCCACUUGGAACAAGGAGAGCAACUUUCCACAGAAGGGAUAGGUUUGCUGCAAUGCCAGAGUCUAGAUAGGGAAGAUGAUCUUAAAAAACAAGAAAUAAUAUUCAUGCAACAUAUCUACAAGAAGGACACGACAUUAAUCAGUGCAAUGAAAUCUCACACCCAAGAAGAUCCUUUUGAAUGCAAUGAUUUGGGAGAAAAUUUUACUGAAAUAUUAACGUGGACUCAAUAUGUGGUACCUAAAAUGGGAAAGAAUCCCUAUAUUGGCAACAAAUGUGGACAAGACAGCAGUUAUUUGACAUCCAUUAAUAUACAUAAGCAGAGUCAUGCUACAAGUAAACCAUAUGAAUGUCAUCAAGGUGGGAAUGCCUUUAUUCAAAGCUCUGCCCUUAGACAACCCAAUAAUACUCAAAAUGGAGAGAAAACAUUUGAAUGUCAUGAAUGUGGGAAAGCUUUUGGAAAAAGUUCUAACCUUAGGCGACAUGAGCUGAUUCACACUGGAGUGAAACCGCAUGGAUGUCGUCUAUGUGGGAAGGCCUUCACUCAUUGUUCUGACCUUAGAAAACAUGAGAGAAUUCACAGUGGAGAGAAAUCAUAUGGAUGUCAUCUGUGUGGGAAAGCCUUCAGUAAGAGUUAUAACCUUAGGCGACAUGAGAUGAUUCACGCUAGAAAAAAACCUCAUGAAUGUCAUCUAUGUGGGAAAGCCUUCACUCAUUGUUCUGACCUUAACAAACAUGAAAGAACUCACUUUGGAGAGAAACCAUAUGGAUGCCAUCUAUGUGGGAAGACAUUCAGUAAAACAUCUUACCUUAGACAACAUGAGCGAACUCAUAACGGACAGAAACCGUAUGAAUGUCACCUCUGUGGGAAGGCAUUCACUCAUUGUUCUCACCUUAGAAAACAUGAGAGAACUCACACUGGAGAGAAACCAUAUGAAUGUCAUCUAUGUGGGAAAGCCUUCACUGAAUCUUCUGUCCUUAGACGACAUGAGAGAACACACACUGGAGAGAAACCGUAUGAAUGUCAUCUGUGUUGGAAAGCCUUCACUGACUCAUCUGUCCUUAAACGACAUGAGAGAACUCACACUGGGGAGAAACCAUAUGAAUGUCACCUAUGUGGGAAAGCUUUCAAUCACUCUUCUGUCCUUAGACGACAUGAGAGAACUCACACUGGUGAGAAACCAUACGAAUGCAAUGUAUGUGGGAAAGCCUUCAAUAGAAGCUAUAACUUUAGACUGCAUAAGAGAAUCCACACUGGAGAAAAACCAUAUAAAUGUUAUGUAUGUGGGAAAGCCUUCAGUAAAUAUUUUAACCUUAGACAACACGAGAAAACACAUGUAAAGGUAAUAAAUGCAGAAGAUUCACCACCUAUAGCUUCAAACUAUAAACACACUUGAGGGCCCAAACACCUAAGAAACACUUUGUAUUUCUUACGUAUGGGAAAGUACGUUUGUAUUUCUUACGUAUGUACGUAUGGGAGAGCCUUUAUUCAUCCUUAUGACUUCACUCAACUGAAGUUAAUCCAAAAUGGGAGAGAAUCCAUAUAUGGGCCAUCUGUAUGACAAAGCCUUUAGAUAAUGGACUGACCUGGGAGUCAAUAUAUGACCUGGGAGAAUGUAAAUGAAGUGAGUGUGGAAGAAUUUUCAUCCACAGUUCUGUUAAAGUGGAGAAGUCACAUGUCAGAGAUAAAUCUGUGUCAGUAAUCAAUGUAGACAUACUUUUCAUUUAUCCUUUAAAUAAAUUGCACAGGAAAGAUUCUAGAUCAGUAAUCACUUUGUACUCAUUCAAUUGAGCAACACACUUGCAUGCAGAAGAAAACUCAGUGAUGUGUAUCUGCUAAACCAAGAAAUAAGUGGGAAAGAAUCAUUACUGGGAAGACGAGAAUUUUGUUGCCAAAGGGUUUUGUUCAGUGAGAACUAGGACAUGAAAGUGGCUGAAGACAUUUUGGAGUAUCCUAUUUCCUGAGUGCCUCAUAUACUUACAAUAAUCUCUGUAGUGACAAAAAACACUGGCAAAGCUGAAAGCAGAAGCAAAGACAAUCUGACCUUGCCUAUAUCCCCAUCACAACAGCUACAAAUCCACAAAUCACCAAGAAUGAGACCUGGGAGUCCCAGCACCUCCCACAUGCAAAUGCAGAAAGCUAGGAAAGUAGUUGGUGCUUCUCUACUGCCAGGAUAACAAGAGAAGGCCAAGUCAUUAGUACUCAUUUGAACAUGAUUAGUAAUCCUGCUUCACAAGUAGCAAAAAAGAGAAUGUAGAUGCUUAUUAAUUUAUAAUAUUAUUAUGAGGGAGUAUGCAAUGCCCUUUUCAAUCCCCCACUUUAUUUCUGUUCUUUGGUUUGAAUAUUAUAUAUUGUUGUGUCCUCAAACUGACUUUUGUUUUCAGUGUGUAAAGUCUAUUAAACUCCAUUAAUGUAGGAGGACAUAGUUUCUGAAACCUAGAACUACUAAAUUUCUCCAUCUUUUCAUGUUUCUUAUAACUUCUUUUUAGUGUAAUAUAAAAUUUUCCUAACUCCAGUCUCAAGAUACAUGUGGAUUUGUUCAUUUUGUCUUUUUUAUUUUUCCAUUACCUUUCCUGUUUUGCAAUGGUCUGUUUUUUUUGUUGUUUUUUUGUUUGAUUGAUUUCACACGUGGUCUUAAAAAAAGGAAGGGGCUGAAGUUGAUAUUGUUUUACCUAGAGAAGUUUAUUAUUCUCUUACAUCAUUUCUUCCAUUCAGGAAUUGAAAUAGUCAUAAAAACGGGGCACCUGGGUGGCUCAGCUGGUUAAGCAUGCAACUCAGUUUCAGCUCAGGUCA